AUGACGCAGGCCUGUCACCGAAAGUGCGUCCCCCCGCACUACAAGGACGCGGAGCUGUCGAAGGGGGAGAGCGUCUGCCUGGACCGCUGCGUGGCCAAGUACCUGGAGGUCCACGAGAGGAUGGGGAAGAAGCUGACGGAGCUGUCGCUGCAGGACGAGGAGCUCCUCAAGCGCAUGCAGCAGGGCACCGGCACCGCCUGA